AUCUCCUGUUAAAUAAUUAUUCACUUACAUAAUUUAAUGUUUCCCACAUUUCAGCAGCCGAUUCCAAUUUACGGGCCAGAAACCAGAUAUCACAACAGAACUGUCUCCACGACUCCAUUUCAGAGAUUUGCUUUUGGAAAGGCUUACACUUCAACUAGCAAUUACAAUGAUCGGAUGAUUCCUCCUCGCCGUGAGUUGAAUGUCGAUAUAGCCAAACACAAACUUGGUGAAAAAUAUAUUUCAGUGGAUGAUAAACCAUAUCUGGAUGUCAUCGGACAGAUGAAAUUACUGCAUACUGAUUGGAAGAAGCGAAUGAUGACCGAGAGCUUGAAUGAGAUCGAGCCUUUUCAAGGGCUCAAAGAUCAACGAAUUUUGAGUUUUAACUCCAAACAACGGCCACUUUCAACCCCUUCCUGUUACAAACCAGGUUUCGAUCCUGAUAAACGAUCAAGUGUCAUCAAAAAAUCAUCGAUUGAUGACGUUUGGAAGGCCAAAUCUCGAUGCAAGCCGCUACUUAAGUGCUGGGAAAGUGCUGUUGAACUUUCAGGAUAUAUUCAUUUUCCGAGCCGUGGAAUGAUUGAUUGGAGCUCGAAAAACAUGAUGCUGGUCGCGGUGGAACAAGAAAUACUUGUUUUCAAGGAUUCAUGGGAAACCCAAUGCGUAUCAGCAGUAGUAAAUAUCGAGGCUGAAAAUAUCGGGACGCAGAAAAUUCGAGGCGUCAAAUGGAAUCACGCGGGAGACCGUUUUGUGAUGUACUCAGAGUCACUGAAAUUGUGCUGUUAUGAUAUCACAGCUGGGAAAAUUAUUUGGAAACAUAACUGCUCCUGUCCCAGAUGUUCUAUUCGAUGUAUUGCUUGGAGUAAAACAGAUCGCCAAGUUUUUACAGGAUGCAACAAUGGAAAACUUUCUAUAUUCACUAUAAAUGGAUCAUAUAUUGCGAAGGAGGAGUCCGUAAUAGUUCACGAAGGAUCAGUGUUGGACAUGGUGAUAUCACCAGAUGAUCAAUACAUUGCAACAACCGGCGCAGAUAAGAAUAUUAGUAUUUAUCAGCUUAAAGGAAUUGUUCCAUUUCUCGAAAUAGGAUAUUACGAUCCAUCAGAGGCCUUGGCUUGGCAUCCAUGGGAAAAAGGAGUUCUCUGCAUAGGCGGUGGAAUCGGCGAUGGCUCACUAUCCCUCUGGGACAUCCCGAAGCAAAAGUCCCUGGAUUAUAGACGAGUUAACUUCUUAAGUCGCGUGAAACAUUUGGCGUGGAACAAGCUCAGCGGAGAACUGGUUGUCGUGUGGUACUACUGGGAGGGUACCACUCGUUCAACGACUAUUCCCGUUUUAGCCAGUUGGAACCGAAUUGUCGAUGGAAUAAUUAUUCAAAAAAAUACUGAUUCAUUAUCAUUCAACCACCGUAUUGCAAACGUCGUUUGGAAUCCUCACCACACCAGACUUGGUAUCCAGACUGGCGAUCGUCUUUACUUGUAUAAUUUCUUCGACGACUCCAGUUCUGAGUGGGAGGAUACUGAUAAAAAUAAAAUACGCCCUGCUGGUCAGAGAAGUAUUUUUGAUUUAAAUUGCAUACGCUGA